AUGUCCUCAGAUAUAAGUGUGUUUGUCACCUCUUCCUUGACAUCUUCCGAAAGAAGAAUUUCGCCAAACUGGACCCUAUCACAUUUCAAAGUCAAACUUGAGCAGAUCACAGGAAUCCCCCCAGCAAAUCAGAAAUUAUUAGUCUAUGGAUCAUCCAAUUCGCCUGAUUAUCAACUAUUGAAGUCCAUUGGUAGCGAAUCCCUGGCCACAUUAUCACAGUUUGAUUUUCUCAAGCCAUUUGUCAGAAUUCAUGUCGACGAUACCAAUCCUAAUCCUGAGCUUGAAGAGCUUGCCAAAUCUAGCCAACAGGAGAUGGAAAACAUUUCUGGCGCUGAUAUUCUUAAUAGUGGAAAGUAUAUUGGGACCGGAUACGAAGAUAAACAGGACACAGUUUUGAAAUGGAAGGAAAAAAACCAAUUGGGGAGAUUCAAUCCUGAAUAUAAAGAGAAACAACAGCAAGAAUUGGAGAAUAACAUCCAAUGUUCCUCGAAGAUUGCCGUCGGUGCCAGAUGUCGUAUCAAGCCAGACUCUUCCAUUACUGUCGAGAGAAGAGGGACGGUUAGAUAUGUGGGGAAGAUUCCUGAAAUCACCUCUACUGGAGCAGAAUUCCCUUGGGUGGGUAUUGAAUUAGAUGAACCAUUGGGGAAAAAUGACGGGAGUAUAAAGGGAAAGAAAUAUUUCAGCUGUAAUGCAAAAUAUGGAUCUUUUGCCAAACCUACCAACGUUGAGAUCGGGGACUUCCCAUCGCUAAUGGAUGAAUUAAUGGAUUCCGAUGAUGACAUCAAUGAGGAAUUGUAA